GCACAACCUCUGCACCGGCAGCUGACUCCGUUGCUAAGGGUCCGGGAUGUUGCGGCGUCCCUGGCAACCGCCUGGUGCCCUGAUCCAGUGCACAGCAGCAGCAGAGAGAUGCACGCUGCGGAGAACAAGUACAGGCGCCAGCGCUGCUCCCUCCCUCACACACGGCACUGGCAUUAAACUAAGAUGCAGCAAAACGCCCGUGAGCUCAGGGGUUACAAGCAGCCGCUAACUCGGAAGUGUUUCUCCGUGAUGCAUGCCCCCUUGCCCCCCCCCCUCCCCCCUCAUGCUUUCAUGCAAUAUUUUCGUUAGUUAACCUAAAUAACACACGCCCCACCCUGCUAUCAGCGAUGGGUGCAAUUCCUCCCAGGCGCCCCUUAGACCAGAACCGGCACCGUUUUGAUUGCAAGGAUGAUGCCAGUAAUGCACAGUAGCCACCAUGUAUGGAAGAUGUUGUACCACAGAUUUGGAAACCAGGUGCAGUAGUGUUAACUUGCCAUGGAGACCAAGUACCUAUUACAAGGUUGCAGGUGUCAACACCACUCUUGGACCUUAUACCAAGAACUUGUGUGGGAGGCAGUAUCCAGUGAUGACCUCGUAUCCGCCAAUGACCUCUUGCACAGCGGUGAGCGGGGGUCCCAUAAUCAACUGUCCUGUGCCUUCGUAUCCCGUGAUGCAUUCUUGCCCGGCAAUCACUCCAAGACCACCAAUAAACUGCCCAGUAGUGAAUCCUUGCUCUGUGAUGGACCCGUGCCCUACCAUGGAUCCAUGCGCCCCAGGAACGUCUAAUCGCAUCGCCCUCUUCAGCAGAUACACUCCAGGCGAAUGGGUGGAGUCCAACCACAACAACUACAAGCAAUCCGACUGUUCCAGGCACAAUGCCGAGAAGCUCAGGGAGGACACCUCGAGGCUCAUCCAGGAUAAAGCUCAGCUGACCAGGAAGAUACAGAAUGACACCAGUGCCAACAUUGGGCAGAGGGUAGAGGACAUCAGCUUCUGGAAAUCGGAGCUGGAUCAUGAGCUUGACCAAAUGAUCAUGGAGAUCCAUGCUCUGGGUCAAGUGAAGAGAAGAGUGGAGAAAGCACUGGAAGAGACAGAUGCGCAUCUCCAGAUGGUUCAAGAGUGUUUGUACCACCGUGAAAAGCGGAUGGGCAUUGAUCUGGUUCAUGAUGAAGUGGAGACACAGCUACUUGAGGAAAUGAGAAUAAUCAAGUGUAUUCAAGAAAGAUUGAAAAGAGGCAUAGAGAGAGCUGCUGAACAACUAGCAAAUAACAGGGCAGCUCAGCAUGAACUGGAACGAGAUCUGUGUGAUAAAUGUUCAGCAUACUGGAUUGAUGAUAAAGCGCAUCAGAUGAAGAACACCUCCGAUGGUAUCAACUAUUACUGUGGAAUUGAACAAGUGAACGCUACGAUCUCAAACCCGGGUUCCUGGUUGAAGUAUUCCGAAGAAAACAUUCUGCGUUCACAGUGUGAGCGGGCAGCCUCGUCGAGACUGCGGGACGAGCUUGAAAAGCUUCUGGCUGCUACUUCGGAGGAGUUGUGGAAGCAGUUCAACAAUGUCAAUCUUGCAUUUACGCACCGCAUCUUUGAAAUUGGCGACGCCAAGAAAAAGCUACAGAUGCACCUGGCAAAGGUUCUGCAAGAGAUAUUCCAAAUGGAAUGCACCAUUGAGGAGUUGAAGAUGGCCAUUAGGCAAAAGGAAGCUCCAAUGAAGGUGGCACAGACCCGCUUAGAGGAGAGAAUCAAGAGGCCCAACAUGGAACUGUGUUGCGAUCAGCCUCAGCAUAGGUUGGUCUGUGAAGUGUACACCAUCGAUGCAACUAUACAAACACUGAAACAACGUCUACAGGAGUCUCAAAAUGCUCUGCAACUUCUGGUCCAAACCAAGUCCGUCCUGGAGUAUGACAUCGCGGUGAAGGCCAACUCGCUCUUCAUUGACCAGGAGAAAUGCAUGGGGAUGCGCAGAACCCUUCCCAACACACCGCGCCUAAUUGGCUGCACUCAACUGAAUGCAGGCCACUAUUGCGCCCGUCCACCCCCCGAAAUGAAACCUUGCAACUGCGGUUGCAAAGGUAAAAAGAAAGUUACUUAAAUUAAUUAAAACAAUGAAGCCUAAGGGCUUCAGAUAAGUGCAUGCUUUCGUCUGUUUCAGAAAACAAGGCCUAACUAUUGUGGCAAAAUAAAAUAAAGAGAAUUGGUGGUUUAACAAA